AUGGAAAAUGGAGAGGGUCUGGGAUUAGAGAAGGAAGGUGAAGCAGAAAUAAGAAUGGGGGAGGAGGGGAGAAGAAAACAGGAAGAAAUGGUGAAGAUGUCCUUGUCAGAGGGCUCAGUCAGACCCAGCGACCUGCUGGCCCAGUUCAAGCAGGCGGGGCCCAGAACCAAGGCUCACAUCUGGGCGGCGGAAGUGCUGGACAACACCGUGGAGCUCAUCCGCGAGAUGGUCUACACCAACACCAUGACCCAGCCCAACAUCACUGAGCUGCUGAGUGUGGAAGACGUGGAGACGCUCCUGCAGGCGAGCGGCUGUUCGGCCGAGCUCCGCCCACCCGUCUGUGCGACGGACUGCCUGUCCCAACGCUACCGCACCAUCACGGGGGAGUGCAACAACAGACAGCACCCUCUGUGGGGUGCAGCUAACACCCCGUACACCCGGUGGCUGCCCCCGGAGUACGAGGAUGGCCGGGCUGCACCCCGCGGCUGGGACCCCCAGCACGCCUAUCACAACUUUACUCUACCCCCGGUGCGCUCGGUCUCUCAGGUGGUGCUCUACACCCAGAACGAGGACAUCUCCAUGGACGCCUCGCUGUCCCACCUGCUGGUGGAGUGGGGCCAGUGGCUGGACCACGACCUGACCCUCACCCCCCAGAGCCCCAGCACCUCCACCUUCCGCACGGGGGCCGACUGUACCCGGACCUGCAGCCGAGACACGCCCUGCUUCCCCAUACAGAUUCCUCUCACGGACCCUCGCUCGGGCUCGCAGAGCUGCAUGCCCUUUUUCCGCUCCGCCCCCAGCUGCGUCGUCGCGGCGACCCCGCUGCGUCACCGGGAGCAGCUCAACGCCAUCACCUCCUUCGUGGACGCCAGCAUGGUGUACGGCAGCUCCGCCUCCCUCUCCGCCGCCCUGCGCAACCUCUCCUCCCCCCUCGGCCUGCUGGCGCUCAACCCGCUGCACGCCGACGGGGGGCUGGCCUACAUGCCGUACCUGCCCCGCCCGCCCCUCCACCCGGACCCCUGCGGGCCGUGCCGGGGGGGGGAGAACUGCACCGACCCGGAGACCCCCGCGGAGCAGGCCAACCUGACCUCCUGCUUCCAGGCAGGGGACUCGCGGGCCAACGAGCACCUGGGGAUGAUCGCGCUGCACACGCUCUUCCUGCGGGAGCACAACCGGCUGGCGGGCCGGCUGCACCUCGUCAACCCCCACUGGGGCCCCGAAACCCUGUACCAGGAGGCCCGCAAAAUUGUGGGGGCCGUGCACCAGGUGCUGACGUGGGACCGCUACCUGCCGCGGGUCCUGGGGGAGAUCGGGGCCCGCUCCCUCCUCCCCCCGUACCGGGGCUACGGCGCCGAGGCGGACCCCAGCAUCGCCAACGCCUUCUCCACCGCCGCCUUCCGCUUCGCCCACGUCACCGUGCAGCCCCGGGUGGCCCGCCUGGGCCCCGGCUACGCCCCCAGCCCCGAGCACCCGCCCCUGCCCCUCCACCGCUCCCUCUUCGCCUCCUGGAGGGUGGUGCAGCAGGGUGGUAUAGACCCAGUGCUGAGAGGGCUGCUGUUUUCCCCGGCGAAGCUGCAGAGUCCGGGGCAGAUGAUGGUGGAGGAGCUGACGGAGAGGCUGUUCCAGGCCCAGGGGGGGCUGCCGCUGGACCUGGGGGCCCUCAACCUGCAGCGGGGCAGAGACCACGGCCUGCCCGGGUACAGUGCGUGGCGUCAGCUGUGCAAUCUCUCGGUUCCGGUGACGGGGCCGGACCUGGCCCAGACGCUGGGAAACCGCAGCCUGGCCCAGAAGCUCCUGGGCCUGUACGGGACGCCGCGCAACAUCGACCUGUGGGUGGGGGCCAUUUCCGAGCCCCCGCUCCCCGGGGGGCGGGUGGGGCCGCUGCUGGCCUGCCUGAUGGCCAAACAGUUCCGGGCCCUGAGAGACGGAGACAGGUUCUGGUGGGAGAGGGAAGGGGUCUUCAGCGAAGCCCAAAGGGCUGAGCUUCAGAGGGUCUCCCUGUCCCGGAUCAUCUGUGACAACACCCACAUCGCCCACGUGCCCCCCGACCCCUUCGCCCGAACCCAGCGCCCGGGCGACGUGCUGCCCUGCUCCCACCCCCUCAUCCCACACCUGGACCUGAGCCCCUGGGGGGAGCCGGACACAGAUCCCAUUUGUGGUGCCAUCCCCAGGCUGAAGUUUGGUUUUUCUCUGCUCUGCGACUCUGCCCUGCUGUACCGUUGCCAUGACGGCUACCGCCUAAACGGCCCCUCCUCCAUCAGAUGCGACCACAACAGCAACCAAUGGAGUCCAGCUCCGCCCACCUGUCAAGAUAUAAAUGAGUGUGCCGGUCAGCCUUCUCCUUGCCCACAGAACACGGAGUGUGUCAACACACCUGGUUCCUAUACCUGCUCCGACGGCCUGCCGUCCGGCUCCGUCAGUUCACUGGUUUCCGCGGUGAUGGCAGUCGUUGGCGGCGUCGCCGCACUGGCGCUGGUGAUCAUAUGCUACCGGAGAUUCGUUCUUAAGAGACACAAGCCUGUGAUUGGUGGGUGCUGCCAGAGAAAGGACCAAUGGAAUGGCGGGGACCACGCCCUCAAGGAGGGAACGUCGCAGUGACCUGAAGCACAUGAAGAGAACGGUGCGUUAGAGAAUGCACCAAUGGGCACGCUCCCCUCAGCACCAGCGUGUACUCCGUAAGUGUCAGUUAAGCCAAGAAGGACAGUUCCACCUCGAGCUCUUUUUCAGUGGUGUACCUUCCAAGCAGGUGGAAAUGAGCACAUAUCAAUAUAAUCAAGACUUCAUGCCAUGUUUUUUUGGAGGCAUGGGAUAUCUAGCUGAACGAAGACAUUACCCCCUUCCGUUUUGUGUCCUGUAGGAUCUUAUUGUUUGAUCAUUUUCUUGAUCCAGCGUUUGAUGUCUACCUUGUAUAUUAGCUGUUGCAUUGCUUGUAUUUAAGCCAAUGUAUUGCCUAAUGCAAUACGCUUGGCUUUGUAAUAUUUAGCUAAUUCCUUCAGAGCAAUGCUAAAUUCACAGUUUAAUUGAAGUAUGCAUGAGAAUAAAUAUUGUCAUGAUUUUGAUUCUGAAAAUAUGUAAUUCUGGUCAUUUGAGCGAUUUGUGUGAUUUCCAUGAUGAUAAUCCAUUCUGACCUAAACAUCACAGGACAUACAGAUACUGGCUUGUGUAUAUAUAUAACGUUCUGAUGGCUACUCCACAAUGCAUUUCAGCCAACAAGUGGGCUCCUCAACGACAGAUUUUUUUGAGAGAUAUUAAACA